UAACCUAUAUUCCCCACUGAUCCUUUAGUCUGUUUUCUCUCACCUCGUUCAAGCGCAAUCAAAAGCAAAAGGGUUUUCCUUGCCUCGUUCGGUUUCUCGUCUCUCGUCCUCGCUGUCAUCCAUGGCUGAACGUACCGCCUCUGAUACUCGCCUCCGCAUCUCCGCCAAUCCUCCGUAUGAGAUCUCCAAAGAUUUUCAGGGCCCUGACAAUCCUAUUCCUCUCUCACCUCAGUGGCUUUUGCCAAAGCCCGGUGAGAGUAAACUUGGAACAGGAAGUGUGGAAAACCAUGUGGUUCCAGCUCCACCAUAUGGCAAUCGCUCAGAGACUGUCAAGAUAUCUGGAAAUGGUGAGGAUCUGCAUGAUGCCCAUAAGAGAAAGGAUGUUUUCAGGCCAUCCAUGCUUGAUUCAGAAAGUGUUCGUCGUGACCGUUGGCGUGAUGAAGAGAGAGACACCAAGUUCAUACGAAAGGACCGUUGGAGGGAUGGGGACAAAGACCUUGGUGAUGCUCGGCGUGGGGAUCGGUGGACUGAAAAUAUGCCCACAAGGCACUUUGGAGAAUCACGUCGUGGUCUACCUGAUAGAUGGAAUGAUUCAAGUAACAAAGACACAAACUAUGAUCAACGACGUGAGAGUAAGUGGAACACACGUUGGGGUCCUGAUGACAAGGAGCCAGAAAGUUUGCGUGAAAAAUAUGGUGGUUCUAGGAAAGAUGGUGAAGUUCAUAUGGACAAAGGCUUGUCAAACAUUUCCAAUCAUGGAAAGGAUGAAAAGGAGGGGGAUCAUUAUCGGCCAUGGAAACCUAAUUCCUCACAGAGUCGUGUAAGGGCGGAGCCACCCCACCACCAAAACUUAACACCAAACAAACAAGUCCCUACAUUUUCUUAUGGACGGGGCCGUGGGGAGAAUACGCCUCCUGUCUUCUCUCUUGGACGUGGUCGGGUUGGCCCUGGUGGUAGCCCUAUGAAUAGUAUCUCUUCAUAUUCUCAUUAUCCUGGAACUAAUAUGGAUAAGAUUGAAAGUUUGCCUGGAGAGCCUGGUCUAUUUAUGUACAGCAGGAUGAAGUUACUUGAUGUGUACAAGGUAACUGACAUGCAUGCAACUAGAAAAUUUGCUGAUGAGUUUGUUCAAGUUCCUCAUCUAACACAGGAUGAACCUCUAGAGCCCCUAGCACUUUGUGUGCCAACUCCUGAAGAACAGGAUGCUUUAAAAGGAAUUGACAGAGGGGAAAUAAUUAGUAGCGGUGCACCUCAGGUGCCAAAAGAUGGAUGGAAUACUGCUGAUGCCGCACAGUCAAGACGAAUGAAGCUAGGAGGUGCCCCUCUCCAAGACAAGGGUGAAGAUGUAGUUUCAUUCAAGCUCGCUGAUGAGGUUCCUAGCAAUAGAGAAUUGACCUUUGAAGGAGAUGGUUCUGUUAAUCCUGCUGCUGCAUUGCGAGCUAUGCCAACAAGCGAGCAUCCAAACACUUCUUUGCAUGAUGUGCCUGGUGAUCUUAAGUCAAGAAACUUAGAUAUGACUUGGUCACAUCAACUGAAGGAACCUCAUAGCCAGCGUGAAAGUAAUCUGAGUUAUUUAUCUGACUCCAAAGAUGUACCUAAGUGGCAAACUAAUGAAGAUCCCAUAGUUAAGAGGCAGCUAUCUGGCAUUUUUGACACUGGGUUUGAAACACGGAGAGUUCCUCAGACUCCUCCAGAGGAGUUAUCUCUUUUCUAUAAAGAUCCUCGGGGUCAAAUUCAGGGUCCCUUUAAAGGAAUUGAUAUUAUUGGAUGGUUUGAGGCUGGAUAUUUUGGCAUUGAUUUACCUGUUCGUAUGGAAAAUGCUGCAGCUGACUCGCCUUGGGUGUCACUUGGCGAUGCCAUGCCGCAUCUGCGAGCUAAGGCCCGGCCACCACCAGGGUUUGCUGCGCCAAAACCAAAUGAGUACACAGAUGCAUCUGGGCGUCAAAAUUCCAAUGCCUUUGGGAGUAUUCAUUCUGGCUUAAGUGAGAUUGAAGUGAUGAGAAAUGAUUCUAGGAAUAGACAGAGUUCUGCCACAGAAGCCGAAAAUAGGUUUUUGGAGUCACUGAUGUCUGGAAAUAAGAGCAGCCCCUCAAUUGAUGGUCAGACUUUGUCAGAAGGAGUAGAUACUGGAAACAUGUUAAUGCUGGCCAAGAGGAUGGCACUUGACCGACAGAAGUCAAUACCAAAUACUUACCAGUAUUGGCCUGGGAGAGAUGUAGCAUCUCUAGUGUCAAAAUCAGAUAUUGUCCCAGAUGCACCUGCACCACCACAUUCAAAACUCUUUGCUUCAGCAAGUGACAGUGGUCUUCAGCCUCGGUCCCAGAAUGCUGACUUGAUGUCUAUCAUCCAAGGACUGUCUGACAGGUCAUCCACAGGGUUUAAUAAUGGUGUUGCUGGAUGGUCAAAUUAUUCUGUGCAAGGUGGUUUGGAUUCACUGCAGAAUAAAAUUGACUUGCACCAUGAUCAGAACUUCCCUCAAGGGCCAUUAGGAAUUCAACAACAAAGGGUACAACCUCAAAACCAGUUGCCUUUUAGCAACCUGGCAGCUCAAGCUGUAGAUAACCCCUCUGGUGUUUUGACAACGGAGAAAUUACUUGCGACUGGUUUGUCCCAGGAUCCUCAAAUGUUAAAUAUGUUGCAACAGCAAUAUUUGAUGCAUUUGCAUUCUCAGGCAGCUGUUCCAUUGCAGCAAAUGUCAUUGCUAGACAAAUUCUUCUUACUGAAGCAACAACAGAAACAGGAAGAGCAGCAGCAGUUAUUGAGGCAACAGCAGCAGAAGCAGCAGCAACUGCUUUCUCAGGUGCUGCAGGAGCAUCAGUCUCAACAGCACUACGGGGAUCCUCCUUAUGCACAGUUGCAGGGAGGUGGAAUACCAAUGGGGAAUUUGCGUGUCGAUCCUUCUCAUAUUCAGCUACCACAAGAGAUUUUUCCAAUCAGUUCACAAACACCAAUUCCCACCAUGCAAGAUACUCUGGCCAAGACUUUGAGCUUACCUGGGCAGGAUGCUAGUUAUGGUGUAAGCAGUGAAGCUUCUGCCCCACCUAUAUCUCACCAAAUAUUUGGCAAUAUUGCUCAUCAGAAAAGUUGGGGCCCUAUUCUUCCAGAGCAAAGUAAUGAAUUGCAGCAAAAGGAAUCAUUGCCUGUAUCAACAAUGGUAGAAAGUUCCAUGUUGCAUGAAAAUAGAAUUAAAGAGGAACCUGUGGUAAAAUCUCUCUCUGUUUCUGACACUGCUGCUAGAUCUCUGGAGCAGAUGCCGGGUAACACAUGCAAAGCUGAUGAUAUUUGCAUGACUGCAACUUCUGAGUCUGGUGAGCAUUCCAUACCUGCUGCAGCUGAUGCUGGGAAGCUAUCAGCUGGAACUUGUGCUUUUGAGUCUCCAGCAGCAAGUAAUAUGGAUAGUAGUGUGAAGAUUGAAUCAGAUGGUGCACACGAAGAACUGCCUGCUGGAAGAGACAGGCCCACUGAUGAGCCCGCCCCUGCAGAUGUAAAAAAUGUUGAAGCACGGGAGCCGAAGAAGGCUUUUGAGAAGAAAUCCAAGAAGCAGAAGUCUUCCAAAUCUCAGUCUUCUGAUUUAGUGAAGGGAUUGUCAAAGAGUCCACCUUUGGAGCAGUCAAAGCAAUCAGAAACUGUAAAGCCAAACGCUGACAUAAAGUUGGGGAGAAGCCAGCAAGGGAGAGCCAGUUCGUGA